UGAUUUCAUAUAUCAUAUUCAUGGGGUGGUUAGUGUAUUCAUCAUUUUAUGAACUGAGCAUUGUUUUUGUCAUUUCAAUAAUUUACGAUGGUUUAUCUCUCGACAAUAUCUUUGUAAUUACCAAACACUUCAUUAUCUAUCAACAGAUUCAACUGUCCCACAUAUAGCCAGCCACACAACUAACAUCAAUAGCCGCACAUAUGAUUGACUCUUUUAUUUUUAUCUAUUUCUGGUUUCUAUAAUUAACAGGCAAAACACAGACCGAAACGUAAACACAGAGCAGAGCGAGUGAGGGGACGACGUACAAAACGUGCACCAGCUCUCCGAAGGCUGACGACAGCCGGCAAAGUGAAUGAACAACAGAACGAGAGUGAAAAGUUGAGAUAGGCCCAGGGUACAACAAGGCACAGGCAAAAAAUGAGCAUUGAUCCAACGGACGUGGCUCAAACAACAGCAACAACAACAACCACCACCACCACCAACACCACCAGCAGCACAGCAUCUUUGCCAUCGAUCGUCGGCGCGGAAGAGGAGGAAGAGUCGACACUGGUCGAAAUUUCGGCUUCUUCGUCGUCGUCAUCGCCCACAACGGUAUCGUCGCUGUCGCCGUCAUCUCGCACUAGCAGCACCGCUGUCACCGCCGGUGAAGAUGAACCCGAAUCACAACAACAUCCGGAAGAUGAUGCGACGGCCGCCGCACACGAGUCAAAGCAGCCGACGACAGCGAAGGCGGCGGCGAUGACGAUUUCGUGCGAAGAUGCUACCACGGCCAGCUUGGACUACUCGGAAGCCAGCACGGUGGCAUUAGUCGCGGAUCUGACUCCUGAGCAGAUCCAUCGCCAGCAGCAACAGCAGCAGCAGCCGACCCUAGCACCGGUGGCAGCGCACGUUGCAACUGACUUACCCGUAGAACAAUCCCGGAAUCUCUUUCCGAUCCAGUCCUCGUCCUCGCUGUCGACUCCGUCCUCAUCCGAAGAAUACGAUGAAUCUGUUAACAACACUAGCAGUACCGAAGGCGCCUUGAACGUUUCCAGUAGCAAUAUCAACGAUAACAACAACAGUACAGCAAUAGGCAACACUACAGUAGUACCGGAGAGCGAGUUGAGUGCAAUCGAAAGCGCCCUUCCGCCAGGUUCCUCGACCGUCACAUUGGUAACCAGCACCCCGGAAAACUCCCCCACCAGCGGCAGCAAAUCCGACGACCAGCAGAGGCAAGCACCGAUAGAGAUAGUACAAAUCUUCCCACCCACCGCAAAAACAUUAUCCUCGUCACUAGUAACGUCCUCUUCGUCGUCCUCAUCCUCCUCUACUCCUUCGUCGGGCUCGCCUCCCUCGUCGGCGGCAUCAGUGGCGUCCUCGACCUCGUCGUCACCUUCCGCAUCACCGCUGGCAGUGGACCAACAACAACAGCCGGCCAUCACCACCAUCACCCCAGUUGCGCCUCCUCAAGUUCAAUCGGAAGUGGCACCCUCGAAGAUGGACGAUUCCGCCGCUAUAGGCGAACCGGAAAUUGCCGACCUGCUGGCGGCAAAGUCCGAUCAGCAGCAGCAGCCGCAUGGGGAGGCCACCAAAUUCGUGUAUCACAAUCGUACUUCGUCGUCUUCGCCACAACUGCAGAGCAGCUUGAAAAAGUACAAAAUGGGCGAACGGAGCAGCGAAAGUGCGCGGCGCGUUUCGUUCCCGCAGGAUGCGCAGCUCAUCACCGGCUACCUGGAGCCGAUCGAUCCGUGGGCGUGUGUUACCAUCAUCAGCGUUGCGGAACUCAUCGAGUUGUAUCGGACAUCAUGCACGAAACAUUCUACCCAGCCCCUACCCGCCAUCACGGAGCACCUCACCAAACUGGACCUGGCGGUAAACCAGCGGAUACCGUUGCUAUCGCUUAAGGACCAGAAUCUCAGCCACGGUUCGUGCGAAGCGCUGGAGGAAAUCUUCAAACGUGUCCAGUACCGCAGUAUUAAUCUCUCAAACGCUGGCCUCGAUGACACCAGUGCCAGCGUGCUGUUCGACAUGAUCGAGUACUACGAGGCGACCAACGAGCUGGACAUCUCAGAUAAUCUGGCCAUGACGAACAAAAGCUGGCUGGCCGCCAUCAACAUGAUCAAGAAAAGCCAGGCGCUCAAUGUGCUCAUUGCCCGGGGUCCCGGAAUAUCCGAACACCACGCGAUGAACCUGGCCAAAGCCCUCAACACUUCUGCCCUUCACACGCUCAGGCUAGAGCACUGCGAACUGAGUCAACGGCCGCUGGCCACGCUGUGCAAUUUGCUGAAAAGGAACACCGUACUGCGGGAGUUGUCGCUGGCGCACAAUCAGCUGACCUGCGAUGACGCCAAAAAUAUUGCCAACCUGCUGAGGGCCAACUACUACAUUCAGCUGUUGGACAUUUCCCAUAACAGUAUCGGGGACAAGGGCGUGGAGUACAUUGUGACCGCACUGAUCGACCAGUCCAUCUACUUCAAAACCGUACAGGAAACCAAGCGCAAGAGCGAGUUCAGCUUCGCCGAUUUGUCCAGCAGUUUGCACAACAUCAACAGCAACAAACACUACUUUCCCCAUCCGUACGGUGGUGGUGGCAAAACAUCACAACAGAGGCUAUGCCAGCCGAAGCAGCCUCCGCCAGAGCAGCCGAAACUAUCGGAAAGCUCGCUAUCGGCUGCCAUGUCGCCAACGCCCAUGGCCAUGGCGGCAAGGUCGGUGUCGGACGAUACGCCCAAAACUCCACCGCCAACGCCGUCUUUACCCGUCGUGCGGACACCGUCGGGGGAGGCGCUCCUUACGGCCGGUAGUUUAUCGCCACCGGUGGAAACCCAAGAGGAAGAACCGCCACCUAGUCCACCGGUAGCAGCCAUCGUCGUCGUCGCAGCCGCCGCCGAAACGGCGUUAGAAGAAUCUUCAGAUUUGCUGUUGCAUGAGAAAAGUACAAAUAACGAUAGUGGUCUUAAUAGUAGUGUUUCUAGUGAAGCCGAUCAAACGAAUAGCGAUAGUAGCGGGAAUCUAGUGGCGGGGGUGAUGGUGGUGGAGAGCACCGAAGUACAGAAAACCAACGAGUCGGCGAGGAGCGAGGCGGAGCUGCAGUUGGCCACGGGGGAAGCGAAGGGUGAUACGACCAGUGACAUUAGUGGUGAUAAUCUAGUAGAUUCUGGCCUGGUGGUUUGCGACCACCCGGAGGACAACAGUAGGACUGAAAGUGCUAGUGAUGUCGAAGUGUGCACCGGCGAGGCAGCAGGAGAGAAACAGACUUUGGAGCUAGCGUUCGAUCUGAGCGGGGACGAAGUAGAUGUGAAAGGGCCGAAAAAGGCCCGGUUAGCAAAACAGGACAGUGUACUUAGCGAAUUUGAGGCCAGCAUGCCCGAGCUUCGGCUGCAAACAACGACGGAAAUUCCAAAGAAGAUGUCAACCCCUAGCGGCAAAGCCGAGGAACCGAUGGAUGAGGAUACGCCGGAAGUUUGCACGGAUUACGAUGAUUCGAAUCUUAAAAUAGU